AUGGUUGAUUCUAGUUUGGAGACUUUGAUCCCGAUGAUCGAUGCUAUCAUUAGUGCAUCUAACCCAGAUGAAGUGAGUCCCAAAAAAAUAAGGAAAGCAUUACAAGAAUUAUAUCAAAGAGAUCUUGAUGCUAAGAGGAAAGCAUUAAAUGAAUUAAUAAUUGAUCGAUUUGAAGAAAUACAAGCUCAUCCACGAAUGCUUGUACGAAAAGAUGAAAUGAUGAAACGUAAUCAAGAAUUUACAAAAUUACUUGAGGAGAUGAAAAAUGCAGGUGUUACAGGUAAUAAGAUAAAAAAUAUAACCACUAGAAGAAGAAGUGAUGAUUCUGAAAGUAAAAAAAAGAAGAAGAAAAAGAGAAAGAAAGAAAGAGCUGCACCAACAGGAACUAAUAGUAUUGCUACCAGAUUAUUAAAUUUGAGUGAACCAUUAUCUGAAAUUGUUGGUGCUCAUGAAUUACCAAGAACACGAGUUGUUAAGGGAGUAUGGGAUUAUAUUAAGGCUCAUAAUUUACAAAACCCUGAAGAUCGUCGUGAAAUUCUAUGUGAUGCGAAGAUGGAAAAAGUGUUUGGUAAAUCGACUACAAUGUUCCAAUUGAAUAAGUUAUUAGUAGAUCAUAUGCAUUAUUCUGAUGAAGUUAAAAGUAAUAAAGACAAGUCAGAACCUAAAACUGAGACUACAGCUUGA